AUGCCACUUCCACACUUUUCACCGCCGCCUUUUCAGUUAUGAAGUGGACAAUGGUUAUCGCGCGGAGCCUUUCUUCGUGAUAGUCCACUGAUGACGUAAUGGCUAACUGGAUGUAGUACCGGAAGCGAUGAUUGACCAGCAGCCUGAAGAAGUGCUUGCCGUAACUUCAGAUGCCGCUUUGAAUGGUGCCAGCUCCGAUUUGAGUGUUGAGAUGUCCAAGUCGCAUGAUCCGAGUGAAGCUGCUGAUGUUGACGACCUUUCCUCGCAAGCGAGCGGCGAGAGCGAAGACAAUGUCGCCGAGUCAAACAACGGUGAGCAAGAGGAUGCUGCUGCUGUAGAUGCUGAACAAGAAGUCGACGACGAAGAUGAUGCGUCAAGUUCUGUCGUCGAGGAAGCUCCGACGGAGAUCACUCCCGACGACCUUGACAAAGAGCACGAGGACACCGCAGUCGCUGGAGAGGAUUCAGAAGACGACUCUGCGAGCCAGUCUGAGGAAGGUGACGACUGGGACUCUGGAGACGACGCUCAAUCUGAUGAUGAAGAUGCGACGGCGUCUGCUAUUGACGAUGCAGAGGCUGCUGACGAUGCCACCACUCCAUCGCCUGAAGAAGCUGAUGAAGCCGAGGUAGCCGAGGAAGAGGACGCCGAGGACGCGCCAGUCGACACAGAAGAAGGUACUCCUGACUCCCAACCCGAUGUGCUGCAAGACUCGACCGAGAUCGAUGGGCACGAUACCAGCACAGAUUCUAUCUCUGAAGACAACACCACAGAUACAUCAAGCGCAGCGCUUCCUGAUGAAGCAAGCUCCGAAACAACGGUGGAGGCUGUCGAGCACGAUCAAGACGAGGAUGUGGACUCUGGAUCAAUCGUACCGCCAUCUGACGCAGAACCGGAGCCGUCGCCUGAGGAAAUUUCGAGCACCGAGCUUGUGGAGCCUGACUCGAGUGCAGAUCCCGAGUCACCUGCCGAUGUCGCAACCGAUGACCAUGCCCCGGAAGAAGAUUCUGAGGAGGAGAGUGACGACGAAGAAGAAGAAACAGGCACGGUCAACGAAGACUCGAUAAUUGAGGAGGACAACCAGCCAGAGGUCGUCGAGAUCCCGGAGGCGAUUGACGACGCAGAGAUCGCGAUACCCGACGUUGAAGCCGAUGUUCAAAUCGAGGACGACGCCACUCCAGACGCGCCUGAGUCCGAGGAAAUGCCUACCCAAGAUGCUGAAGUAGCAGGAUCCAGCGAGCCUGAGGGCUCUGUUGCGUCUGCAGAUUCUUGGAACGAAAGUGAUGCUGAGAGUGAGGCAGGCGAAGAUCAGCCAGAAGACGUCGCCGAAGAAGUUGAAGACGACGAAAUUCAACCCGAAAUCUACGAUGACGAUGACAGCUUCGAUGCCCCACAAGAGGAAGCCGCAUCGGCAGAGCCGUUGCAGGAUGCUGAUGUCGCCGAUGUCGAGUCAGACGAGGGUCCUACAGAAGCCCAAGACGACGAAACCCCUGCAGAAGCAGAAGCAACGACAUCCGAUUCACCACCUGAAGCAGAUGAGCCAUCAGAGCAACUUGUCGACGAAGAGCAGGCAGACGACGAAGAAGAUAGUCCUGACCCAAUCGACGAAGAUGACCAAGAUGCCACGGCUGAGCUGGAGACGGUUGAUGUAGAAGCCCCCGAGGAUGAGCAAUCGGAGCUAUUGGAGGGUGAUACUGUACCAGAUCUAGACGAGGAAGAAGUAGAGGUAGGGGUAGAAGAAGAGGAAGAGGCAGAGGAAGAGGAAGAAGAAGAGGAAGAAGAAGAGACACCUGUUGCGGAAGAGAUCAACGACGAGCUCCCGUCGCCUUCUGUCGACGAAGACGAAGUCUUACCUCCUGCCGAUGAAGACGAAGUUGCAGACGUGGCUGUCGAGGAACCGCAGCUUGAAGACAUCCUGGACCCAGCCGAGGUUGAAGACGCACUACCCGAGUCUGAUCCUGUUGAAGAAGAGGAAGCCGAAGUCGACCAGACUCAAGAGGAUGUUUUGAGCCCGCCAGACGAGCCUCAGGACGAAUUGGUUGAUGGCUCUGAGGAACACGAUGACACGCGUUCUGUUGCUGAAAGCUGGGAUCAAGACGAGGAGAGUGAGGCUGCCGACAGCUCGAUCGUGGAAAGUCAGCCGGACGAUCAGUCGGCCGAAGUACAAGAAGAGGUCCAGGCUCUUCCAGCUGAGCCAGAAGUUGAAGAGGACGGCGCAGUUGAGGAGGAAACGUCCAUCAUGGAUGCUACGCCUGAGCCUGAAGAAGAAGUUGAUGCAACAUCUCCAGAAGAGCCUCCAAGUGAAGAGGUUGCGAUCGAUGAGGAGGAACAAGAAGAUGCACAGCCAACACCAGAGCCUGAGGUUUCAGUUGAAGAUGAGGCGGAGGACGACUCGGAGCUAGCCCUUGAGCAGGAAGAAGAGGUUGUUGCCGAGCCUGAGCUUGUCGAGGAAGAGAUUGCAGCCGAUGACGCCGUUGAAGAGCAAGCGCCUGUAGACGAGCCUUUGCCAGAACCUGAAACCGAAAUAGUCGAAGCUCCGGAAGAGGCAGAACCAGAACCAGUUGAAGAGCAAGAGGCUAUUGAGGAACUAGAGGCUGUCGAGGUACCGGACGCAGUCGAGGAACUGGAGGUGGCUGAAGAUCCGGAGACACUCGCGGAACCGGAGGCUGUUGAAGAGCCAGAGCCAGCCGAGGAACCAGAGCCAAUCGAAGAACCAGAGCCAAUCGAAGAGCCAGAGGAAGUCGAAGCAGUAGCGGAACCAGAAGUCGUGGAAGCGGUCGAAACAGUCGAUGAGAUCACAGAACCUGAAGUGGUCGAGGCAGUAGCUGAGCCUGAGCCAGAACCAGAGAUAGUUGAAGCUGUCGUGGACUCAGAACCAGUUGAGGUCGUAGCAGAACCCGAAGCAGUCGAAGCAGAACCUGAGGCGGUUGAAGCAGAGCCAAGCGAGCCUCCCGUCGAUGCCGAUCCAACCGAGGAGCAACCGAUCGAAGACGUUAUCCACGAAGUACCUGCUGCUGAACCCGUUCCUGACGUCGAGCCUUCCACAGAGCCAGCAGCCGUUAUCGAAACAGCCCCGGUCGAAGAAGCUCUUGUUGAGGAUGUCGUCCAAGAAGAGGCACUCGAGGUUGAGCCUUCAUUGGAAGUUCAACCUGAGCCUGAGGAAGUCGUGCCAGAAGCAGUACCUGAAUCAGUUCCGGAGGAGCAGAUACUAGAUGAGAUACCUCAGAGUUCACCAGCGGGCGAGGUUCCUACCGAAGAGACUGACACAGCCAGAGAAGUUGAUUACCUGCCUUCACCCCCUGCUCUGGCUGAGCCUCUGGUAGCCGACGUUGUCUACUUGGCUCCCGCAGAAAGGGGUUUUGCUGUAGUCGAUGAGUCUGCAGCCGAGACGCCGCGGAGAGAGAGGAGCCACCGGCGACAUUCGCACACUCAGCGCGAGCGCGAGCGCGAGUACCGACAACAACCCCACCGAAGGCAUGAGAGCGAAACAAUCACUAAGGAACGACCGGAUCUUCCCGAAGUGCCUGUGCUUGCUGUUGCAAAACUUGCUCGGUCAUCCUCAAAGAAGCAUCGUGAAAUGACCUUGGAGCGUGAAGCUUUGAGAGCCCAGGAACGAGCUCGGGAACUUGUCAAGGAGAACAGAAGUAGUAGUCAGGAGCGCGCCUACCCCGAAUAUCAUUCUCCACGCCAUCGCGAGAACAGAGGGGAAGACAAGCACAGCAGGCGCCGCGCUCUGGAAGAGAUGGAAGUGGAGGCUGAGAGACGCAAGCGGCACGAGGCUCGGCGUCUCGAGAAAGAGAGGUUGGCCUUGGAAGAGGCCGCUAGGCUUCAGGAGGAAGCAGAGCUCCGGAGACAAGAACGUCGGGAACAACGUCGUGCGGCCAAACAAGCGGAGGAGGAUCGCAGAAUAGCAGAAGAGGAGCGUCUGAAAUCAAAAGCCGAGGAGAAGCUUGCACAAGAGGAAGAAGAGCGACGCCUCCGACAUGAAAAGCGACGUCUGCGUCACGAAGCCGAGAAAGAGGCUCGUCGUUUGGAGCGCGAGAAGGCUGAUCAAGCCGAGAAGGAUGAGGAGGAGGCCCGCAGGUUACGACAUCAGAGAAGGGCAGAGCGAGAGAAGGAGAAGUUGGCUGGCACAAAGGUUAGGCCAGUAGAAGUCGAGCAGCCCCGUGACGCCGCACGUCGAGCAGCGGAGGAGGACACUGAUCCCUAUCUUACACCAGGAUCUGCAGAACCACCGCGUCGCAGGCGCCUAAGCAACCGCGAGCCUCCAACUACCGGCAAGCGAAGCAGUCUUCUCGGAGGUCUGUCGCGAUUUGGCCGCUCGAAGACGGAUCCUACGACACCACCUACAAAAUCCAACAGGACUGCUUCCCGUGGUCGUCCUGACACGUCUGAUAUGAUCGAGCCGCCGGUCUCUGUCUUACGUAAAGAAAGGCCACGUCCAGAAACCAACCAUCAAUCAUCUGCCGAGAGUUGUGAGCGUGGCGAACGACUCCACCGUAGUCGGCGACCCUCCAAUACUCAUGCGCAGCAUCCUCGUCGCCACUUUGAGGAUGCCGAAGAAGAAGAAGAGUAUUACCGAUGGAAGGAAGAGCGAAGAGCUGCGCGUGCGAGGGAGCAAGAGCUGACUGACGGCCAAGACGGGGGUGUUUUGCUAGUCCAAGAUACGGACGACGUAUGCACUCCGCCUGCAGAGCUCGUUCCAGAACCAGUACUCAUGAUCGAGCCAGUCGUGAAGGAUAGGGUACGCUUCGCAGAUGAGGAUGAUACCGACACACCACUUGGUGUUAUAUAUGAUUCAUCGCCUUCCCGUGGGGAGCGCCGUCGAGGCAAGCACGUUUCAAUAUUCGACGAACGGUCCAAGAGUCGCCGUGUCUCCGUCAGCGAAAAAGAGCGACCCGCCAAUCGUCGCGCAGAGACCGAUCGUCCACGUGCGAGAGCUCACGAGGAAGAGCGUCCUAGGCCUAGGCGAAGCGAGACAGAGCGGAAGAGUACCAGCACACAUCGCAAGAAGAAGGAUGAAUCAGGAGGCUUGAAGGGUCUAUUUGGAGGAUUGAAGAAGAAGAUCGUUGCCUGACUAUGAUAGGACGUCGGAGUUUGGAGGGUUUGGAGUCGUUCAGAUUCACGGGACACAAUGGUUCUUCGUUGGGUGUAUGGAGUUUGGGUUGGGCGGCCGUUUUAUACCAUUGAUGCGUACAUCUCUCAUGGUUUGGGUAGCGGGCGUUUUGCAUUGCAGGGUGGACAUGUGUAAUUGUAUAACUGCAUGUCUCGGUUUCUAGACUGCCAUGACGGCCUCGCGAGGGACCACGAGGAUUCGCAGUUCGCUUCGGCGGUGCAGCCAUUGCUAG